AUGGCUGAAAGGAAGGUUUUGAAUAAAUAUAUCCCACCGGAUUUUGAUCCGGAUAAGUUAAUGGAAAGUAAGAAAUUGUUAAAAAAAAUAGAAAAGAGAAAGAAUAGGAACCAGAAUAAGACUAAAAAGAAAUUAAUGAAUAUAAGAAUGAUGUAUCCAUUUACUUUGAAAUGUAAUAAAUGUAAAACGUUUACGUACGUUGGUACAAAAUUUAAUUCAAGAGUCGAAAAAUUAAAGGAUGAAACUUAUUUGAAUAUACCAAUAUGGAAAUUUUAUGGCAAAUGUCAAGAAUGUAAAAAUGAAAUUAUAUUUAAAACAGAUCCUAAGAAUGGUGAUUAUUUAUUAAUAGCUGGAGGUACACGAACCUAUGAUGCACAUAAAGAACAAGAAUUAGCAGAUGAUUAUUAUAGAAAUAGUAAUGUUAAAGAUGAAGAUAAAAUUAAAAAUACAGAAAAACAAUCAUAUAAUGCCAUGUUAGAAUUAAAAAUGAAUGAACAAUUAGAAGAAUUACAAAAUAUGAAUAAAAGACAUUUAGAUAAAUUUAGUAGUAUAAAUAAAGCUUUAAAUCGUUUAUAUGAAAAAAGCGAAUUAGAAAACAAAGAAAACAAUUUCUUUAUGAAUAAUCUAGACUCAGAGGAUGAAAAGGCAUUUUUUAGUUUACUUAAUAAAAGUAGGUCGUCUAAAGAUCAUAUAGGGGACAAUUUGAACAAAUAUAAUCCAUCAAAUAACAAUUGGGUAAAUAAAAAUAUAGAAAAGGAUAAUAUUAUAAUAGAAGAAGUAGAACUUGAUGAUAAUAAAAAUAACAAUGAUGAAGUAAAUGAAUAUAUAAGUGAAGGUGAAGGUGAACAUUCAGAUGGAAAUAAUAUCAAUGAAGUUAAUGAAUCAUUUUCAGAUUUAUUAUUAAAAAAGAAAAAAAAUAGAUAUGAAAAAGAAAAUACAGUAAAAAUUAAACAAGGAAAUAUUGAUACUGAAGAUAAACCCAAAGAUAAUCAACAAGACAAAACAAAUAAUAUCUCUUUUAAAAAUACGAUAAGUAAUAAUAGUUCAUCAUUUUCAAAUAUAAUUCAUAAACCAAUGUUUAAUAAAAUAAAUAAAGAAACAAAUUUUAAUUUUGUAAUAAAGAAAAAAGAAAAUUUUCAAAGUCUUUUGAGUGAAUAUAAUUCUGAUAAUUCCAAUGAAUCAGAUAAUUGA